AGCUGUAUCCAAGUGCUGCUCGACAAACAUAAGAACGGGACUAACCGACGGAAACGAAUUUCUAAAUUUCAGAUUUUAAGCGACGAGGAACACUACUCAGUUGCGAAUCGCUGUUCCAAGUUAUAACUUCGUAUCAACAGUGUAUAUAAAUAAAUAAGAAUGGCGGAAAAUAAGCCGGAUACCGUACCUGGAUUGGGAUUCAAGGAUAAAGAGAAGGCUCAGGAAACCAUCAAAAUUUUAGAGGGCAGAGAUCCUGAUUAUCAAAAGUUGGCCAUCAAAGGGCUCAUUGGUCGGGCAAAACGUACAUUAACAUUAACAAAGGAUAAAGAUAAGCUACAAAACAUUAAUGACGCCUUGGCCAUAUUUGAGGAGUGGUUGAAAAAUUUCGAAUACGACAACAGAUCGAAAGAAAACAGAGCAUAUUUACCUUGUUCAACUAUACAGUUACUGCUGCCUCUUAAAGAAAAAUUCGAAAUCAAAGAUGAGAAAGCCGAUGCUUUCUUCAAUGCUUACAAAACAAAGGCGAAGGGUGAAUACAAAAAUUUGAGAACAAUAGCCAGUGGUGACGAUGAACCCACAUGGGAUAUUGUAAGAAACACUGAACUGAAAAAACUACUGAAAGAGUUAGAUGAGUCUAGACCUGAUUUGUGGAAAGAUGAUUUGCCCACAAAAGAACAUUUGCAAUUAAUUUUAUGGGCAUACAGUCCCGACGCCAAUAAAAUUAAAAAGAGUUUAUCUUUAUUCGAAGAAAAAUUGGGAGCGCCUAAGAACAGUGAUAAAUCGGAGAGUGAUGAGGAUGAUGAAGACAGCGAUAAGAAACCCAGUAAAAGGAAGUCUUCUGGUGAAGACGAAGACGAAGAGUCUCCCAAGAAAAAAAGCAAGAAUGAUUAAGUAUUUAUUUUUAAGAUAUUUUUCGGUACCUUUUUUGUAUUUUAAGUACCUUUUUAUUUGUUACUUAAUAUGUGUAUAAAAUAUAUAUUACAAUAAACA